AUGUUGGUCGUUUGGUGUCUUUUGGGUAUCAGUGGGUAUGUCAAUGGAUUUGCAUUGCCCUUUGAAGGACUUUAUAAGCUGGAUAUUAUUCAUUACAAUGAUUUUCAUGCUAGAUUCGAAGAAACAUCAGUAGACACUCCAAGCUGUAGAUACAACAACAACUCAUGCAUCGGUGGAUUCCCUCGUCUAUACAAAGAAAUCCACACUCUAUUAGAAGAGAAACCAAACUCCAUAGUCCUGAACGCUGGAGACAGCUUCCAGGGGACCUACUGGUAUACCCUACUGAAGUGGAAUGUCACCCAGGAGUUCAUGAAUCUGAUACCUCAUGAUGCUCAUGCUCUUGGAAACCAUGAAUUUGACGACGGUCCUGAAGGUCUGGCUCCUUACCUGAAAGCAUUAAAGGCUCCAGUGCUUGCAGCCAACAUGGACGUCAGCGAGGAACCCAUUCUAGAAGGACUGUUCAUACCUCACAUCAUUUUGAAGAGGAAAGGCAGGAAGAUUGGUAUCAUUGGGCUAAUCACUCCUGAUACAGCGAAACUAUCAUCACCCGGCAAGGUGAAGUUCACGGACCCCAAGGAGGCAACUAAGCGUGAAGCUGAAGCGUUGUACAGAAAAGGAGUGGACAUCAUUGUAUUACUCUCCCAUUGCGGGUUCGAAUCUGACAAGGAAAUAGCCCGAGAUGCAGGAGAACACAUAGACAUAAUAGUGGGAGGCCACAGCCACAGUUUACUCUGGAAUGGCAAAGCUCCCAGCGGGGAGGUUGUCGAAGGUCCUUACCCUGUGUUCAUCGAGCCUACUGUCGAUAAAGAACAUGAGGUUUUAAUAGUCCAAGCUUCAGCUUUCACCAAGUACAUGGGUAACUUGUCUGUCUACUUCGACUUCCGAGGCGAUUACGUCAAGUGGGAAGGCAACCCGCUGUAUUUAGACCGGUCCAUACUUGAAGACCAAGUGAUAAAAGAAAAGUUAGCUCCCUAUGCGAAGAGAGUGCAUGAAGCUGAGAAUGUUCCGGUGGGGUCAACUUUGAACACCAUGAGGUUCGACGACUGUGUCUUCGGGGAGUGUACCAUUGGAAACUUAUUGGCUGAUGCCAUGGUUGAAAAUGCCAACAACGCCACUUCAAAAGACAUACAUUAUAUGUCGUUUAUCCAACGUGGAAACAUCAAGGCUUCAAUUAUGGAAGGAGUGGUAACAGCUGGAUCAAUAUUCGAACUCCUCCCAUUCAAUGACCGAGUAGAGAUCUUCGACAUCGAAGGGAAGUACAUUCGGCAGGCUCUAGAGAGGAGUGUCAUUGAUGCUUGGGCUUACAAUCCAUUCAAGGGACCCUGGUUGCUGCAGGUUUCUGGUCUUCGAGUAACCUACAACGUCUCUUUACCUGAGAAUCAUCGUAUCACCUCACUAGAGAUUGGAGAAAGCAAGGAACCUCUUGAUGACAAUAAAAUAUACCAUGUGACUGCGCCUUUAUAUUUGGCCAAUGGAGGCGAUGGGUUCACCAUGUUCAAAGAAGGCAAACACAACGAAAGAGACAUUGGACGCGAUCAGAAGAUCGUAGAAGAAUACAUCAGAUCUCAUUCUCCUCUUAACAUCCAACUCGACGGCAGAGUCAUAGUUAACAGUUGA